UUUACAUCUAGCACUUUCUUAGUUGAUGCUAUAUUUGAAGAUGUCUUUCUUUUUCGACAGACUUGCAAGUGGAAUGGAUUAUUUAACGUUGGGGAGGACUUCAAUGAUGAGGAUCUACUGCAGAUGGACUGGUCUGCUCCAUCAGUGUCUGCUAGCACACUGUCCUCUGCAGCACAGUCCUGUUUCCUCCGUUCAACUGCAGCAUCAACUCCUGCUGCCCCCUAUGGUCAGAAUAACUCACAUCAACCAACCACAGAAGGCAUACUUGCCCAUAGGGGCCUGUCGAAUGGCCCAGGGUCAGAUAAUUCAACACCGAACAGUGUAGGGCAGUCUCCUGCUUUGGGUUUGAGACAGCUCUCUACAUCUAAACCAUUGCACUCAUUCCCUCUUCCGCCUCUCCACCUUCCUACACUGAGUAGGGGACUGUGUACAGUUACCCAACAGAGCUCCUCACCAGCUCAACAGAUGAAGUCAAACACAACAGGACAACAAGAGGCCCCCUCGCCGCAGGAUGACUUUGAUGAUUGGGAUGUUGACCUGGCAGACCUAGAUGAAAGUGACCCACAGAUGAGCACUUGGGCUCAGGUCCGAGAAACUGCUCCAGCUGCAGAUCUAACCAAGCCCAGCGAUGACUCUGUAUCCCCAGCCAAAAGACUACGGCCCACAGCCUGUGGUGGUGCUCAAACCGGGCCCAAUGUGGGUCUGAGAGGAUUCAGUACCUCUAACCAAAUGUCUGGUCUUCCCAGUAGUAGUAGUAUACUCCACAGGUCCUCAUUCCCUGGUCCCUUCCCCUCUCCCCGCCCUGAUCCUAGUGCUACCUUCCUCCUAGCUCCACCCCAGAGCCCAGUGUUAUCUGGCCUCACCAUGGCCUCCAGCCCCUUCCCCAGGCCUGUGACCCCCAGGCCAGUCAGAGGGCUUCCUUCCCAGGUACAGAGGCCCUGGGCUACACCUCUGGCUCAUGGACGCAACCUUUUUGACCCCAUCCCAGCCCCCUCUAGUAGGUUUGGUGAACCCAUGCCUUCCCCCAGUCUCACCCCCCGUUCCCUCCACACGCCCAUCUUCACUAACCACUUGAUUCAGCUGGUGUCCAACUCCAACAAGACCCCCCAGAGACCGGGUUCUGACCACAUCCGGCCCAAUACCCGCCGCUUCCCCGGGCCUGCAGGAAUCCUACCACAACAGCAGCUCCAUGGGCAGAGCCUGGAUGACAUCGUGGUGGCCAUUCCUCAGACACCUGCACAUGGGGCCGUGGCUCGACUGCCCAGUCAGGUUCCCAGCUCUCAGACUGAGGAAGAGGAUUUCAGUGGAGGUCCGUGGGCAGUGAUGAAAGCAGAGAUGGGAUUGGACGAAAGGAACUCCUCCUGUUUUCUGCACUCUUACAGCGUGGCCAUGGUACUCCGCAAGGCGGCCCUGAAACAGCUGGUGAAGAACAAGGUCCCCAACAUGGCUGUGGUACUAAAGAGCAUCCUCCACACACAUGCUGAUGCCAAGGCUGUGUUCAGGGAUCCCACAGGAGAGAUGCAGGGCACAGUGCACCGGCGCCUCCUAGAGGACAGACUAGGGGAGCUCAAGACGGGGGCGGUACUGCUGCUCAAACAGGUGGGUGUGUUCUCUCCGUCCCACCGUAACCACUACCUGAACGUGACACCCAACAACCUCCUGAGGAUCUACCCUCCUGACGGCUCGACCCCGUCCUCCACACAGAGCCAGCUGCUCCCACUCCCCCCGGAGCCAAUAUUAGAAUCACCUGAUCAGUCCUCCAGUGUCCCAGGAGCCCCUGUGUCUCAGAUGGAGUUGUUUUAUGAUGAUAUUGAAGAGGAUGUUCGGGCCCCACAGGUCUCUGCAGACUCUGGUGCUGGCUCCUCUAGUGUUCCACAGGGCCCGCCUGCUGCACCACUGGACCUGUCCUGGGACGCAGAUGACCUUGAUGAGCUUCUUGGGGAGUUGCCUGUUGAGUCCUACUGCCUCUGACACCUGCCCACCUACCCCUUACGGACAAGGUACAUUUAUACAGGGGAGAUGUAACAACUAAGCUGUCACUUGAAUGUGAAUUUGAUUUUGGCGCAUUCUGACCGCACGUUGCAUGCCUUUCUACCUGAUUCUCCCAGAGAAUCUUGUCGCCUGAAGUGCUAUCAUUUUGUGUUUGGUGUGCUGUGACCGUUAAUCGCACCAUUAUAAAUUGCAUGUCGGCCGUGUGGGGGGAGAAACUCUGAGAUGUUGGGAACUGG